GAUGGCGCGGACAUCAACAGCGAGGACGAGUGGACCAAGGACGAUUACAUCAAGCAGCUGGCAGGAGACUACGUCGCCAAGAAGAUGGCCGAGCACAGGGUCGAGCUCAUCCGCGACCUCACCAAUGUUGUCUCCGCGACGGUCUCCGACCAGAUCCAGGAUUUCGCUGCUCAGCUUACUAAGCGCUCUCGCGCUGCUGGGCAACUGUGCGAAGGCGCCCAACAACUUCCAGCCAUGGCCCAGCAAGCCUCUGAGCAGUUCUGUUCCGAGAGGCUGGACGCCUUCCAUCGCAAGUUCCAGGAACAGCUCGACGGCCACUCGGUGCGCCUGCGCUCCGUCGAGCACAGGUUGGAUGGACACGAUUCUGAAUUGCAGGCGCUACGCGGUCAAAUUCAAGAGCUCCGCGAUGCUCUCGCGCUCGCCAAUGUCAAGCCCAAGCUCCCCACCGCCAGCGCGGCAGGCUUUGACAGAGACGUCGACACCACAAUCAUCCGCGCCAUGGCUUCAAAACUUGUUGAAUUGUCGGCAGUUCAACAAAUCAUGUCGGACUGGAUCAUCAGCUGCGGCGUCAAGCCUGAGUAUUUCUCGAUUUCUUCCAGCGAGCAAGUUACCAAACAGUUCACGAUCCAAUUCUCUGGCGACGCGGGCCCUGCGGCUCGACGUGUCUCUCAGGUUCCGGGCGCCCAGCGGCUUGCUCCUGGUCAGUGGAAACGCUUCGAGGUCAUGGCCAUGGACAACCAGAUGGCGACGCUCCACAUCGGCGCGGACAAGAACCCCAUACAGAUCAAGCUUGAGACCCAGGGCCGCAAGCUCAGAGAGGCUUUCAAGAACGUGGCCAGCGACAAGCGUUGGUUCUUUGAUCGCGACAGAGGGUACCUGAUGGCUAGAUGGGACCCUGUUCUUCGCCGCUCGCCUAACCCAGGGAACACCCCCUCGGAGGUCGCCUGGGCCGACAACAUCGCGCAGAAGCUGGCGCCCCCGAAAGAGCGGCCGGCUGAGGCUGCCAAGAGCAUCAUCACGCCACCCGAGGCUGCAGAGCGGUCUCUUUAA